UAACCAGUUCCUUUAUUAAAUGGGCUACUUGAUCGAUUAUCAAAAUUCCCCGCAUCUUCGGACCAUGGACUUGAUGCUUCGUAAUUCUAGACACCGCGAUGCUCGUAGCAAUAGCGAUAUAAAUUUCGACGUAUAUUAAUGUUCAACAAGACUGUAGUAUUUCCCUUGAUCGGCCAUGAACCCCUUAACGAAUGUAAAAAACAUAACGAAGUUAGGUGAGCAAGAACUAGUACGCAACAGUAAAUCUUCAUGGCACGACAAGUACAAAGACAGUGCUUGGAUAUUCGUUGGAGGCCUACCGUAUGAUUUGACAGAGGGAGAUGUUAUUACAAUAUUUUCCCAGUAUGGUGAAAUCGUAAACAUCAACCUCGUCAGGGACAAGGACACUGGCAAACCAAAAGGGUUUGGUUUUAUUUGUUACGAGGAUCAGAGGAGCACCAUACUCGCUGUAGAUAACUUCAAUGGCACAAAGGUCCUGGGUCGAAUUUUGAGAGUCGAUCACGUGGAGAAGUACAAAGUGCCAAAAGAAUCGAAAAAUACUGAUGAACAUACAAAAAAACUGCAGAAUCAAGGCUGUGCACCAAUACGAAAAUGAUAAAAUAGUUUUAAAUGAGUAAACACACAGCUCUUUGAAUUUAAAUCGAUGUUACGUAGGCAACUGAUCAGUUUCAAGCAGGGAAAACAGCUAAGCGAUAAGAAAGGGCUUGCCGAUUAUGUACAGAAUUCGCAAUUUCCAUAAAUUGCCAAUUUCCUAUUGACACAUAAAAAGUACUUUGAUCGUUGUCGAUUAUAAACUGUGAUUAAAAUACUUAUAGCUUAUUUACUCUCUCGAAAGAGUAGAUAAUCGUAUUUUGCAUGACACUGAACACUGAAGAAAAUCUUGUAUAAUACAUUUGAUUUAUUAAAUUCUACUACCUGUAGUUAAAUGUAAAUAACAGUUUUAACAAGAAUUGUCUUAUGGCUCAUGUAUUACGUUUCUUACAACUUGAUUAGAGAAAUUUAGUAUUUUUUUAAUGUGGCAGUUUAAGCGCAUCUGAUUAUUACCAAAAAUAUUCUAUUUGUUAUAGUUGGUGUAAAAAAAUUGUAAUGUAUUUAAAAAUGGAUGCACGUAGGGGUAUUAUUCCUGAGAUAUUUCAGACUACGUUCAUUAUCUUGAUUAUACCGUAUUGUUUUGAAUAUGAGCCAAGGUUUUUUGUCGUUGACAGUACCCGCCAAAAUCAUCCUCAUGUUGUACGCGGAUCCGUCUUAUGUGCGGGUAACUAAGAAAAACACCCUGAAAUAAUGUAUCAGAAUUUUGGGUCAUCUUAUACUUGGAAGAAUACGGUACUUGCUACACAACACUCAAAUGUUUGUCCUAAUUAAAACAGAAUUUCAACCAAUUUACAGUCGCAAAUCACACAUUCCUGUAAGUUGAGUACCAAACCAUGCACAGGAUUUCACUUGUAACGUC